CCGAUUACUACAACCACUACUUGACGACUUGCCAAUCACCAUCAUGUCUGACACUGGACGUCAAUCUUUCACCGACAAAGCUGGUGCUGCUCUCAAACCUGACUCUGAGAAGACUACUGGUGAACACGUCGGCGACGCUAUCAAAGGAGCAGGAGACUCGCUCGCUUCCACCAUUCAACCUCAGAAUGACAAAAGUUCCUCGCAAAAGAUUGGUGACACUCUCUCGAGCAACCAGAACGAGGAUCAAAGGACCCUGACUGAGAAGGCCAAAGACACUCUCGGAUUGGGGAACAAGUAAACGUUCAUGGCUUAUCCGUUCGAGACGACGACGAACCAUUUCCAUUCCUAAUCCCCUUCUUUCUUCUUUCACCGCACGUUUAGUCGACCCAUUUACUUUCACUCACUUGCCUUCGCGCUUGUUCAAUGUGAACGUCUGCGGCGUUGUCAUUGUGUAGUAAUAGUGUAACAUAUACUUGAUGCGUAGCUAACCUCCAUGCGUGUGUUAUCGUUGACAAAUCGUUCCGACGUACAUUGUCCCAAUCAUCAUAAUAGACUGUCAAAACCUGUC